AUGUCGUUCAACGUCAACUGGAACAACUUGGAAACAGACUCGUUGAGAAGCUGGACCAUUGAUUUGUUGACCGGUGCACUCAACUCCGGCAAACGUCCCAAUAUCCUCGCGUCCGAUAUUGUUAUCAAGGACUUAAACUUCGGCAAAGUUGCUCCAGACUUUGAGAUUCUCGAAAUCGGUGAGUUGGGCAGUGACAGGUUCCGUGGGAUCUUUAAAAUCACCUACAGUGGCGACUUCCACUUGACUCUACAUACUAAAGUCCAAGCCAACCCCUUAAAGAUCUAUAGCGACAACUCCCUUGAGAAAGAAAUAUCUUCCACUCCAUUCAUCACUCCAGACUUCCUUCUUUCGGUGGAUCCUUUUAACCUCCCCAUGGACUUGAAGCUUAGUGACAUCAAAAUUUCGGGUAUUGGUAUCAUCGUCUACUCCAAAACCAAGGGACUCACACUAGUGUUUAGAAAUGAUCCUUUGGACUCGAUUAAAGUUAGUUCAACUUUUGACACUGUUCAGGUGUUGGCAAACUUUUUGCAGAAACAAAUUGAAAACCAGAUUAGAGAUCUUUUUAGAGAGACGUUACCAACUUUGAUCCAUAAAGUCUCCUUGAAGUACACUACUUUAGGAGACAAUGAUUUGAUUGAUAACUUGCAGGAGCAUUUGACGACUGAGUCCCAUUUUAACAUGUUGGACUCGUUGGAUCUCGAACAUAUUUCUCCAAACAAUCUCAACAAACUUGCCAAACUUCAUAGCUCGCGUGAGACAUUGAACUUCAGUGUGCCCAAGUUCAAGAAAAUCGUCCAAAGAAACCACUUGGAGAAGUUCAACAAAGCUAUUUCUCCAAACUUGUACAAGUCGUUGCUGGUCAACUUAGACUUGCCUGCCAACGGCAAUGUUGCUACAAGCAAUAACAGCAUUCCAGUGGAUCUCUUCGUAAACAAUGACUACAAGAAAGUUGAUGAGAUCCUUUCGGAAAUUGCUGGCAUUCAAACACGUAGUUUCAACAAUGGCAGCAACGACCACAAGACAGCUAACAGAAGGAAGAUCAAGUUGGGACGCAAGUCCAAGAAGACAAAGGAAGAGGCCACCGUGCCUCCGCAGACAUUUGCUGCUGCAAAGAUGUUGCCAAGCGACACCGUGUACAGCGAUGCUCUCUCAGAUACUUCGACAGUAGCGAGCGAGGAGAGCAGCAUUAUGAAGCACCCUACUCCAAUGAAGGUGCGUCCAGCCAUCCGCCCUUCACUUCAGACUAACGGUGUGAAUACCACCAGAUUCAACCCCUGUCCGUCGCCUUUGAGCUCGAACUCUUCCUUUGUAGGAAGCGUUGGCCUCGGUAACUCGUUUUUCUAUAUCGCAAACGGACACCCAGUAUCUGCUUCGCCAUUGAGAAAAGGAUCUGUGAAGCCCAUGAGCUCAUAUGAAGACACCAAAUUGAAGGUUAAGCAAACACUUAACCGAGUGGAUAUUAGAAAGAUUAACGAGAAGCUUCAGGAGCACGUCAACGACGAGAAACACAGAAACGGUCGUGGAGAGCAUGGUGGGGAUGUGAAAUGCCACUCGCCAUUUGGACAAGCAUUUGAGCUUCCUCCUCCACCAUACCACCAACUUCCACGCGUCUAA